GUGAAAUGCGUAACCGGCUUGUUCUUUUUGCAAUCAUGGCGGACGUGUGCACAUCAGGCGCAAGGCUCUCGCUUACAAUUUUUUAGUGAAAUAUUGUUUAAUUAUGUGUUAAGCCUACUCCAUUACUUUGGUUAGUGAUUUGUAGUUGUGCUGCGACGGAUGAAGUAAGGGUGCUGGCAGAAUAAUCAUCUGUUGGACAGUAAAGAGUGGAAUUGAGGUUAACCCAAGCUCCUGUUAUAUUCUUUAAGAUGAGGUUAACUUUCAACGUUUCCUUGGCCUGAUCGCCUGAUCCGCAGCGUUGCAAAGGUAAAAGAAUUAUACAGAGUGAUCCCUGCCAGUCGCUUGUGGGCUCCAGCUCGAGAAGCUCCAGCUAUUAUAUCUUCAAUUAAAAUCAAUUUUAAUAUCAUCAAUCAAUUCUCAACAAUCAAAUUCUCAAAAUUCUGAACACUGCCGGGAGAGCAGUGCUAGCGAGAAAUCAAACAUUGAGGUUAGUUUCUUUUGUUCGACAGAACGCACGUACAGUCGUUGCGGUUCGUAUUCGUGCGCGUCACUUCUGUGAAUUUACCGUUGCUUUUCGUGGUGCAAGUGUUAAGUUGGGAUUAAGUUGCAAUCAUGUGUCGAGAACUGUAUAAUCACGUCCGUGGUUGUUAAGGAGGUAAAUUUUUAAUAUUUCGUCGUACGGACCUUCCUGCUACAUUGUGCUACUUUUGCGGCCAAGUUAAAAAGAUGGUAAGGUAACAUCAAAUGGCCCUCAACAUAGUGAUUUUUGAAGCAAUGCGGCCCGCGGGCUGAAAAGUUUGGAGGCCCCUGAUCUAGUGCACUACUACAGCGCAGUUUGGAGAGGCCAACGUUUCCCUUAGCGAAGUGUAGAAGACCAUAUUGUAGUGACGAUAGUGACAAAACAGCAACAACAGAAAACAGCAACGUGCGCGCGUGGAUCGGCCCGGAUUUGUGGCGACGAGAGGCUUCCUCCAAAUAAGGGGUGCGCGGCUGUGGCUGGUGGUAUUUACAUCCGGGGAAGCGAUACAUACCGGAAGCGUUUUUCUGACUCGUGCAGCGCCGAACAGCCAGGAAGCAGGCAUGAAACAACCGGCGGGUGGAGAGAAUGCAGUCGACCGGAACUCGUCCUCGGCCAGCAAAGCGAACCGGCCCAGCACGCUGCUGACGAACGACGAAAAUGAUCAGCUUUUCCGCCUGCUCGGCCGUCGAUGUCAGUCGCUCAGCACGGCGGUGGUGCAGCUGUACACGACCCAGUCGCCGGCCCACGCCUCCUGGGUGAAGCGGUGCACCGGUGCGCUCUGCUUCAUCAAGGACAACAUCCGCAAGUCGUACUACUUCCGGCUGUACUGUCUCAAAGCGAACCAGAUGGUGUGGGAGCAGGAGCUGUACGAGAAGAUCGAGGUGACGCAACCGAAACCGUACCUAAUCACGUUCGAGGGACAGGAUGGUAUAGUGGCAUUUAACUUUGCUACCGAGGACGAAGCGGCUGCGGUGAUGAACACGACCCUUACCACCAUUCACAAUCGCAACCGGAGACGCGAUGAACGUAUCAAGCGCAACAACACGCGGAAGGAUCCGCCACCGGCCAGGCCACCACCGCUGCAAACGAUACCGGGCGGUGGAACCGGUUCGAACAUUCCCGAUGCGGACCUGGGUGUCACCUACCGAAACAAGCAACCGUUUGCGAGUCCCUUUUCCGGGCCGGCAGUGCCGCCGAUGCAGCAGGGAGCACAGCCGCUGGCUGCCGUCGCCCCGAGCCUGGGCAGUGCACUGCACCAGAAGCCGCGCAAGGUCAAGGGCAUGGGCAAGCUGCAGAAGUCCGACAUCGGGUCGCCGUCCAACUUCAAGCACGUGACGCACGUCGGCUGGGACCCGCACAGUGGCUUCGAUUUGAUCGGCGCGCAGGAAUCGCUCAAACCGUUCCUCGAGAAGGCGGGCGUCGGGGAUCAGCACCUGAAGGAUCGCGAUACGUGCGCGUUCAUCUACGACUUCAUCCAGACGAACAACGUGCUUGACACGGUCAAGUCGGAGCAGAGCAGCGGCCGCAAGCAGAAGCCUCCGGCGCCACCGCCCGUACCGGUUCGUACCACUACUACUUCUACUACUACUACCACCCCCCAUACCGAGGCGCCACCGCCCGAAACGCCACCUUGCUCUUCCUCCCCUUCGCACCACCAGCACCACUCACCUGACCAUCAACAUCAUCAUCCCCAACAGCAUCCGCCGCCGCCGAGCGUGCCGGGCGGAAACCACCACCACCAGAACGGGCAGACGCGCAAUCCGCCGCCGCCGCCGCCGCACCGCACGCUGCCGCCGCUACCGCCGACCACGCCGCCGAAGGUGGCGCCGCCGGCCAUGCGACCGCCCCCGAUGCAGCCCCCGCCGGCCGUCGCUGCUGCCCCUGCGCCACCGCCGCCCCCGCCGAUGCCGGCCGGGCCUGUGCCGCCGCCGCCGCCCCCGAUGAUGCCGUCGCUCAAGCCGCCCGCCCCGGCCAUUCCCGGCGGCGGCGGCUCGGAUGAGGGUGGCGAUGCCCGCUCCGCCCUGCUCGACAGCAUACGCAAGGGCACUACGCUCAAGAAGGUGGACCAAAGCGCACACAGCAGUACCGGCAGCGGCGACAUGCGGAACGAUUUGAUGACGGAGAUACAGCAGGGCUUCCAGCUGCGCCCGGUCGCCAACCGGGAGCUGAACGCGGAACGCAACAGUGGCGGCGCGGGAGGAGGAGGAGGAGCGGGUGGCAGCGGUGACGUCGGCACCGAUGCGCUGGCCGAUGCGCUGCGCCGUGCCCUGGCCGAACGGGGCCGCGUCAUUCGACCCUCGGACGAGGAUGACAGUGAUUCCAAUUCCAACAACACCGACUGGGAGGACUAGAGCAACAGCAAAAAAAAAAAGCAGCAGCGCGGUGUUGUUUCUUACAUUGUUUUUUUUUGCUGCAGGUGUUUUUAUUUUAGCAUUUAAUUCUUUAUUUUUUACAUUUUUUCAUCGUGCAUCCGCAAUGCGUGCGUUAGCCGAAUUUGUUAAACCUGCCGUGUUUUUUCGCGUUUGUAUUAAGCAUUCCCCGUGUAAUAACGCCGCUUUGUUUACAUUUUUAAUUGGACAUACGAAGAGAAAACAUUAAGUACUGUUGAACUACUACUACUUACUAUCAGCAUGUUGUUUGCCAAACGUGUGCUGCAUCGUUUUGUUUAUAUUUUCGUGGCAUAUGAAUAGUGUCCUCGUUUUGUAAAGUUCUUAAACAAAACAAAAAGUGCAUUAUAUACACUAAAAAAAACCGGUAGUACUCCCUAUUGCUUUAUUUGGGUACUUCUUCAUUAUUGUUCUGGAAGUUUGUUAAUAUUGAAGUGCAAAGUGUUCAAAAACCAAGCAAUUGUGUUUACUUUGAUUUCAGCGCCUUUUAACACUUCAUGCAUACGUAGGUGCCUAUCAAAAUUAACACAAAAACAUUAUAAUCGCAAUGUUUUUUUUUCUGUUGUUGCUCAAUGUGGUCGUGCGUUGGGGCGGAAACCCAAAAACAUUCACGCGUCCAAUGGCACAGAAAGCUGUUGUACUUUUUUUUCCUUUCCCAAAUGGAACCAUUAAAACAAAAACACGCUUGUUAUUUAACUUUGUCAAUGUUAUGAGAAAAUGAUAAACUGAUCACGCGAUAGAGCCGGUUGUAAUUAUUGAUCAUUUGUAAUUGCAAAUACUAUAAUAAAAUACUGUUUUAUUCACAUUAA